AUGUCUAUUAUCGAAGACUCAUACACUAAAAAAAAGAGUGAUGUGUAUCUAGCUUAUGUCGAUGCCCCAAUCAAAGAAAAUGAUGAAUUAACCAUCUCUGACACAUUUAUCGGUGGGUCACCAAUUUGGUUACAUCCAGACUCGGUCCCCCACCAGGAUAUGUUGCAAUGCAAUUCUUGUAAAGCGAGUGAACAUAUGCGUCUAUUAUUGCAAGCGUUUGCACCUAUCGAUAAUGAACAAAUGGAGCCAUUACAAGCAAAUGGCAUCAUUGGAAAACCUACUAUGAAAUAUAUCUCAGGAGAUGACGAUAGAGUAUUAUAUGUAUUUAUAUGUGAUAAAUGUCCAAGAAAAUUAGGCGGUGUGAAAUGUAUUAGAGGUGUAUUACAUAACACCAAGGAAAAAUCUAAUAUGGAUACAAUUGUUUCAGAUGAGUCCAUGGGUAAAAAAUUCGAUAUUAACCCAUUCGAUAUUAGUGGUAAUGACAAUAGUAACCCAUUUGGAGCCAAUACUACUUCAACGAAUGAGAAUCCAUUCACAAUUAAUAGUAAUAAUGCUGCAAGUAUACCAACUGAAAAGAAAACAGAAGACUCAAAACAAACUUUAUCAAAGAAAGCUCUAAGAAAAUUACAUGAUGAAAAAAUUGAUAAGUCACACGACUUACAAAAAGAAUAUAAAGGUUUUUUGUUAUAUGUCGAACAAGAAACUUUCCAACAUAAACCGGAUCAUUUGAAAUUACCAAAAAAUUUAAAGAUAGAUAAAGAAGCACUUGAAUUAUCAGAGGAUAAUGUCAUCGACACUGAUGACUUGGAAAAAGACCCAAUUAAGAUGGAUCCACGUACAGAGAAACUAUCCCAAUUCCUUGAUGAUGAUGUAUUUCAGAAAUUCCAAGAAAUAGUAGCUUAUAAUCCAUUACAAGUAUUACGUUAUGAAAUGGGUGGGAAACCAUUAUAUUACGCAGCAACAAAGCCUGUAUUGGAUUCAGUAAUACCUCGUCCAGAGUUUAAUAAAGAUAGUAAAAGAGUAUUCGAAAUGCAAGUGAUGCCAAAGAUGAUCAUGGAUCUAGAGGAAGGCGGAGUCUCUGUGAAUGAUGGGAUGGAAUGGGGUACAAUAUUGGUAUUCACAGAUGUGGAAAAUUGCAUCCCAAAAUUUGAUGAUAAUGGCGUGGGUUAUGUCGAAGAAUGUGUAAGAGUACAAUGGGAGAAAAGAUCAUAG